AUGCCGUCCAACUCAAGCCAGGCUCCCACCACUACCACCGGGGAUAUCACACAAACCAAGAUCGAGGCACCCAUGAUGGUUUACUACAUCCAUGAUACUACACCACUCUGGGAUCGUCUUCUCAUAAGGGCUAUGGCUGAGGAUAAGCAGUCAUCUCAAGGGGGAGCUGGUUAUUCGGGGUCGAAGGACUCAAAGCUAUAA